GCUAGAUUGGUCGCUGGCUGCGCAGGAAGUGGAGGAGGUCUGCUGGAGCUAGUGGAGGUCACUGAGAGGGAUUUUUGUUAUUAUAGGCAGUGAUGGGUGGGGAUCAUGGGCACAGCAAGCUGUCCAUGCCGGACUACAAAACCUGGAAGUGGGAGGGAACACCGCUGGAGGCGACCCAGCAGCGGCUCGCUCGCAGGGGGCUGAGGGACCCGUGGGCACGGAAUGAGGCCUGGAGGUACGCCGGCAGCUUCGGGAAAGCCGUCACCUUUAAGGAUGUUCUGAUGCGUGGGUUUAAGGCGGGAUUCGCUGUGUUCGCCGUGGCGCUGGCUGUGGAGUACGCGUUCUUCCCUCCGAAGAAGUCUGAUCACUGAGAGCUGAUCACUGAGAUCUGAUCUCUGGAAAAACAUCUGAAGCUGAAGAAGAGCCGCUUUCCAUCAGACUCUUACACUUCCUGCAGGCUCCUGAGCCUCCUCCAUCACACUCACCUGCUACUGUGUGAUCAAUUGUGAGCGUUGUGUCACUAAAUUAAUAAUAAAUAUGAAUUCUGUGAGUUUGA